GGCCUAUAGCUCAACCCAGUGCUUGGGUUCCAGUUGGCACAAAAUACCAGACUGGCUACCAGACAGUACCGGCUUAGCACGUUUACGGUAGCAGUUCUCUGUUCUUAUGAGAACUGGUCUGACAAAAGGAGUAAUGUUAACUCCAAAAAAUUCAACUCGGAUAUUUCUCCGCUAAAAUAUCAGUUUUUUCCCAGAUCUAACUGAAGAUAUCCUUCAAGACUUUAUCAAUUCAUAGGUUUUCUUCUAUGUUUUUUUCUACACUUUUUUCGUUAAAACUUGAAAUCACGCUUUUUCUCAUCGAUUUUCUACGAUGAGAAAAAAAUGAAAGCAUUUAUUGACAAUGAGAUAACGACCAUGACAAUAUGUUUAAGAGUUAUCUGGUUAUGUUCUGAAAGGAUUUUCAUUUUGUUUUUGACUUUUUUUCCAUGUUUGAAGAACUAGCCAUAGAAAUGUUUACUCUAUAAAAUGCAAAGUUUAGAAAAUGUAUUGCUGUCGAAAAGACAGUCGGUAGCUGUUCAUAUCCAGUUUCUUCACUGGUACGUGAGAAUAAUGCAUCUUCGCGAGAAUUAUGCUGUUUGCCGCGACAUUCAUGCAUGAUCUACAGGGUAUUAUGCUGUUGUCACGAGAAUUUAUAUCUAUUCUUACUCAGUUUCUUGUCUAGUAAGCGAGAAUAGUGCUGACUACUGUGAGAGUUAUGCGCCGUCUAGAAGAUAUUUGGCUUUACACAUCUUCCAGAUUGUCUGUAAUUCUCACAGAAAACAGCAUAAUUCUCGUGUACAUACAUUAUUCCCGUGGCACAGACAAGAAAACUUUUAAGAGAGAUACAAAACUCUCGUGAAGAGAGCAUAAUAUCUUCUGCAUUAUGCACAAUUCUCACAGGGAACGGUAUAAAUCAGGUGUAAAUCCAUUUUUCCCGUGACGUAGAGAAAUUAAAUUUCUGUGGAGAGAUACAAAAUUCUCGUGGAGUAGACAUUCUUGUCGUUGGAGUAGCAUAACAGCGGUUUCUUGAUUUCUCUCCCACCUGUCUUCAAGCCAUACAUGGCCCCUUUGGCAGUGGGACAGGGAGGCAUGAGCGCCUGACACGCACUGUACAUGUAAUGCGAGUAGACCUUAACUUUGUUUUAUUUAUUGUUAGGGUUCGGCUUUAUUGUGCUAUAACAAUCAAGUAUUCGGUGAGCUGGACUGGCAAAACAUUCAAAACAUUGAGGAAAGCGCAAAAAGCGAAAAUGCAUUAAAAAUUGGAAAAUUUGGACUAGGUUUUAAAUCCGUUUAUCAUCUGACAGGUAACGAAAUAGGAAUAAUGCAUUACAGGCCUGAUCUACUGCUGCGCCCACAACGCAGUGCUGCGCACAGAAUACAACCACCAAGCAUCAUUCUACUUUUCGAAAUAAAGCUAGGAGCCUCAGGUUUGAUUGACUGAAAUCUUCCUUGAAACACGGAACGAGUUAGGUGUCUUUCCGUGCGGUGAUGCGCAGUUCUAUGUUACGUCCUUUCAGAAAAUUAGCGCAUACAACAUUAAGUUCUGACACAGAUCUCCUGCAGUUCUGUAGAAAAGUGUGCGGGUUAGAGCAAAUUUACAGAUGCGUCUUUUCAAACGUACUUAACUAAUUCUUUCUCAACUUUCUAACUGAGGGUUUUAUCUAGAAUGUAUUAUUAUAACCAUUUCCAUAUCUCAGCACAAAUAACUGACUGCGUCUUCUCAUCAGUCCAUGAUCUCUUUUAGAUGAGUUCACUCGCUUUAGUUCAGGUUCUCAUAAAUGUACAAACCAUGAAUAAUGAUGUGUCAGUUCUAAAAUGUCCAAUUCAGAUUCAGCGAAUUGAACUACACGAAUCGAUCUGCGAAUGCAAGCCGAACUUGGUGGAUCAAUCACAGAGCUGUCCUACUCAUAAUCUGAGUUCUCGGUUAUUUAAAUUAUGAUGUUGAUAAGCUGAAGAUAAAUUUACGGAUAAAGUUCCUGUGCCCGGCUUUUUCAGCUUACUUGUAGAGGACACUUCGAAGUAUAUACGCUGAAAUUUUUUCGCUUUCCUGAUUUGUAGCUUUUGUGAUACCUAAUUAAACCUCCAAUUUGAAGCUCCGACUCUGGUGUAGUUGUAUAGAGAGCAUCCAAUUGUAUAUGGAGAAGAAUUUUCGCCGCUGCCGAAUGAAGUUUAAUGCAGAAAUGUAACUUUCACCUAGAGAUUUGUUUCCUAUAUAGUAUGUUGAGUCAGGCGCGGAUCCAGAAAACGUGCGGCCGCACGUACCUUAUCUAGUCUCCUUUUGCUUUCUAUGCAACUGCUUGAAAAAUUAUAUCAUAUACUUUUAUUUAAGAUCUGCCGUCGGUGGUUAGUGGUCGCUAUAUCGGUUUUCUUGAUCCACAUGGAGCUUAUUUUUCUACACAAUCACAUCCAACAAGAGGAAGACGUAUUGAUUUUUUGAAAAACAAUCAUAUAAUAAAGGCAUCUUCUGAUCAAUUUGAGCCUUACAGAAAUAAAGUACCAGGUUUAGAUUUUACAACAUCAUUCGGUGGUACAUUAUUUCGAUUUCCCUUUCGAAAUGCAGAGGCUUGUACAACAACAAAACUCUUUGCGCAAAAACCAGAGCCAGUUUCCGAAGAAGAUAUUCAAAAUGUGAUCAAAGGCUUUCUCGAUGAUCUCAAGUACAAUAUUCUAUUCUUACGAAACAUACAUUUGAUUGAGUUGUAUGAAAUCGGUCCACAAUUACAACAUCCAAAAAAAUUAGCAUGUAUUUCUGUUGAACGAUCAGCGGAUAGGGAGUUGCGUACCUUAAUGAAAAAUAAAAUCACUGAAAGAUGUUCUUCAACUGGAGCGGAAAUGUUCGACGCAGAAGAUAUAGAGCAACAACACGAAAUAAUAUUGACAGAAGAGAACGUCACGAUGGGCUCAAUCAAGCAACAUAAGUUUCUUAUUUCUGAAGUUCUUUUUCUUCGUUCCUGUGGAAAAGAUUUACGUGAUUUCAUUUGCUUAUUGAAAACUUUGCCGCUUGGAGGUUGUGCCAUCCAACAAGACAUUGAUCCAAAUACAUCAUGUGGUCGAUUGUUCUGUUCUCUUCCAUUACCUGACGGCGUUACACAUGGUCUUCCAGUACAUUUCAACGGAUUUUUUGGAUUAACAGAUAAUCGUCGCGAUUUAAAAUGGGUUACAACAGAAACAUAUAAAGACAAUGAUGGUAUAUGGAACGAAUUGUUGAUUACACAAGUUAUUUCACGUACAUACGUUAAACUAAUUGAAUAUUGCAACCAUCGCUUCAAAGAUUCACUAAUGGUUUAUCAAUGUCUGCCAGAUCUCGAUGUAAUAUCAAAGAAAUGGCACGAACUACUUAAGCCAGUGUUUCAAAAAAUUGCUAAAAAACCAAUUGUAAUGUGCUUGGAUGGUCAUAAACGGUUAAUAUCAGAAAUAAUUGUCAAUAAUUUGUCAGAUGACGGUGACAAGCGGUUUGAAGUAGCCAUUCUUCGAUGUUUCGAAAAUUCACAAGUAGCAUCUAUGCCAAAUAAGACGCUGAAAUUUUUUCAAAUGUUUCACACAAACGAGGUACGCUUAAUAACACCUAGUUUAUUAUGUAAAUGCAUAUCGGGAUGUUCAUUGGAUCAUGUUUCUUGCGCUGAACGCUUACUAUUGCUAGAAUAUAGUUUACGAGCACCAGUAGGAAGUUUACAUAAUGUAGCUUUACUACCAUUAUUGGAUGGAAGUUGGACAAUAUUUGAUUGCCGAUCAGAACCAUCAGCACUUAUCUAUUUUGUGGAUAAUCAUGAAGCGAUUGUUCCAAACAUUUUAAUUGGACUUGAGAUGAAGUUUGUACUUCUUCCACUACCUGGAAAUAGCAAUUCGAUAAUAGAAAACAUUGCUCAAACAGAGCAAACACAAAUAAAGAUGUACAAUCAUGCUGAUUUUCCACAACUUCUUCGACAAUGUUGUACAUCUCAACGAACUAGAGAUUGGGCUGUUAUCCUAUGGAGAAUGAGAGAUAAUAAUAGUUCUCUAGCACAUAUAAAUGAGAAGUCGACAACAUCAACAACAACGAUUCAACCAUCAUUUACUUUUCAACCAUUAACUAUUAAUCAUCGUCUUUUCCUGAUUACUGUUAAUCAUACAUGUUUCGAUUUAUACAUUAAUACAUUACAAGUGUUUAAAAAUCAUGGUCUCAAAUGUGUGCUUCUACAAUACGACACAGAUGAAUUUUACAAUCUAGUAAAUCAUCCUCAACGUUCGAAGUAUAUUCCAGACUUAUCUAGUGUCUCAUUUUGUGCUUGGUUAGAAACUAUCAAUAAAUCGAACAAAAAUAUUCUUCACUCAAUUGUACAAGAAAAAUUUACUGAUGAACAAAAACUGAAUUUAAGAACAUGUUUAGCAAAUGCUGUUCGUGUUAUACAGCAAAAUGUUACACUCAUGAAUCUAGUAAGUGAAUUACGGAUAUUUCGAAAAGGUGGUCAACGUACGCAGUUUACCUCAAUAGCUGAAAGUCGUUUUCAAAUGCCAACAUUUCCCAAUGACAUUCCGAUAGAAAGACAUCUGAUUAUGUGUGAUAAGGAUGAUACGAAUGCGUUGAUGAAAACAUUGUCAGUUCCGACAUAUUCACAAGCAAACCUUACUUUAGAAGUGUUACGCUAUUGUAUUCAAAAUAAUUGGUCAAAUCAUGUGCUAACAGUUACAAAAUGGACAAUGAUUAAUUGGUAUAGUCUUCAAGCGCAACUAUCCACUUUUGCUGAGCAAUUCUUUGCGUUACCAUUUAUACGUGCUAAUGAUGAUUAUCGUACAGUUGAGCAUUAUUAUGAUCCCCAUAACGAUAUUAUCAAGAAGCUGAUUGAUGAAGAAAAGCAUUUGCCAUCGCCAUAUAGAACAGAACCAUAUUAUUCAGUUUUACAAACAAAAUUAAAAUCUCAAAUAGAUGAAAAGGAUGUUGCUAACUGUCUUCUUGAAAUUGAAGAAAAAAACGACUGUUCAGAUGAGAAAAUUCCAGUAUUGUGCAAUGUAAGUAUCUAA